GCGAUCAUCGCCGGAGGCGCGGCGGGCGCCGACCCGAAGCGUCGCGGAGAACCAGACCUUCAACAUUCUGAGGGGUGGAGGCGACUGGCUCGACAGGACGCUGCGAAUUCCAAGAAGGCCUCCGGGCCUAGCGCCGCCGCCCGACGAGGUGCCUGCCCCUCAAAUCAUCGGAAGACCCUCCGAGGUGGAGCCCUUGCUGGAGAGAGCGGGGCAAAGGGCGGCGGAGGUGGAGCGCGCGGCUGCCCAAGACAUCGAAGCUUUCGCUUCGCAGCAGCUGGCCGAAGCAGAAGCUUCGGAAGGCUUCGCUGCCACGGCGGAGGCUGCGGCGGGGGCGGCGGAAGCAGCAGCGGCGGCGGAGGCGGGAGGAGGCGCCCUGGCGGUGCUGGGCGAGGGAUUGGCCGUUGCAACCGCAGGCGCGGCGUUGGUCGGAACCGCGUGCGCCAUCGAAGGAGGUCUGAAUGCGGCCUCGGCCCUCACGGGCUGGGGCGCCGCGACGGGAGGCGGCACGGACAGCGAUGCUUCGCGGGCGAGCCGCGCAACGGACGUUGCAACCCUCAAUGGAAUGCAAGAAUCGGGCGCCGUGGACCACUUCCAGGCUGCGCCGGCAGCAACCGGCUCGGCGGUCCCAGGUCUUCCAGAUCAGCGAAAGCGUCCCAGGGCGCAGGUCCCCACGCUCUUCGGCCUCAACAACGCUCCCAUCCCGGUCUCUUCCGACAGCGACCGGGUCAUGCAAAACGUCACCGAAGCGGUGCAAGACGAGCUCGUCAAGAGCCUCGACUACAAGCUUGGGAGCAGCAACGUGAACUACAUUCAGAGCAGGAAGGACGUCCAGUACUUUCCGAGCUCUCUGAGCACCUUUACCCCCACCACAUCCCGAGUGGCAAGAAUCCCCCUCACAAGUGGAAUGGAUUUUAUCGAUCCGGAGAGCGUCAAGAUCGCCUUCCGGGUGCGGAACAACUCGACCACUCUGGGCCUGAACCCCGGCACGCAGGAGCCCUCGUGCUUCAUCAAGCGGGUGCAGCUCUUCGCCAAUGGACAGCGCUGCGAUGACAUCUCCGAAUACGGGCGCUGCUGCUUCCUCUACUCACUACUCAAGCCUGCAGAAUGGUAUAGGAACAAGGGGAUCACGGGCUUCUGGGAGGUCGCCGGUGCGCCGGCACCCGUGCCCGCGGAGAGCUUCAAGGACGUCUUAAUGGCGCCCACGCUCAUCGGCCUCUUCCAGGCGGGCAAAUUUCUACCUCCUCAGCUAAAUCUUGUCCUGGAACUGGAAUUUGCAGAAGCCGCCGACGCCCUGCGCCCCGGCGAGGGUUCGACGGAUUACACCAUCGAAAACGUCCGAGUCCUCGCGAGCCAGGUCACCCUGGACUCGGCCCUCUACGAAAGCUACCAGAAGAUCCUCCUGUCCGGCCGCAGCCUCGUCUUCGCCUACCCCACCAUGCACACGCAGGUGUCCAGCAUCCCCGCCGGCUCCACGGCACACAACGUCACGGUUGCCCGCGCCUUCACCAAGCUCCUGGGGGCCUUC